AUGCUCUCAAUAUUACGUAAAGCCAGGCUCAAAGAUAAAGAAAUGAGAAUUCUCAUGCUUGGGUUAGACAAUGCCGGCAAGACGACCAUUGUGAAGCAGAUUAUGAAAGAAGAUGUUACCACUGUUAGUCCGACGUUGGGAUUUAUUAUCAAGACGAUUGAUUUUGGAGGAUACAAACUAAAUGUCUGGGAUGUCGGCGGUCAAAAGACGCUUCGCUCAUACUGGAGGAAUUAUUUUGAGAAGACGGAUGCUUUGAUUUGGGUGGUGGAUGCGACUGAUCGGCUUCGAAUUGAUGAUUGUCGUGAGGAAUUGGCUGGUUUGUUAUUAGAGGAGCGUUUGAUGGGUGCGAGUCUACUCAUAUUCCUGAACAAGACGGAUGUCGAUGGUUGCAUGACGGAAAGCGAGAUACACGAGCCCCCUCCCAACCGCCGUCGCUACCCUCACGAUACCACCAUGGAAGACACCUCCGAAGACGUCAAUGAGUUUCUGCUUCGUAUUCGAGAACUGGGCGAUAAGCGAGUAAAGGAAGACGAGGAUAGAGCGCGCAAGUUGGAAGAGGAAAUAUUGCAGGGCCGGAAAGAGAGGCAGGCGCGGCGAGCUGAACGAGCUCGCUCCAUCUCUCCCACCAAAGACUUUCCUUCUCCCUCGUCCAUCUCAAGUCUCCCCAGAGACCAUAAGUCGAUUUCACAGCUCCCACCACAAGUCCUUCGACCGUCGAGCGUCAGCUACGACCGGGACGACGCGAUAUCAAUUUCUGGUCAGGUACGUCAGGGCGAACGUCGUGAAUCUGAGAACAACUCUCCUUCCACUCCCCCGGCAUCAGGUGCGAGACACGUCACGCAAUCUGCCAACGACGGCACAGAAGACACGCCUGAACGGUCAAUUGUUUCCGAGAAAAUCGCGUCCCUUACCAUACAACCAACAGAGACGGUGGAACACGGCAAUGACACAAUGCCGUUAGCAGAGGACACCCCGCCUUCGCGCUCUCAAAUAUCCCAGGUGCUCUCGUCGAAGGAUCCAACGUGGUUUCGCCAGACUGAUCCCGAAAGGGGCUCUUUGGCGUUUCGACGAAAUGCAGACAACACGACCGAGGCAUCUUCGACCGAGGCAACUUUUAAACUGCCUGGUUUGAGUCGAGACUCGUCAUCAGAGACUGAAAAGUUUCGCGACUGGAUCUCUGACGAUCGAUCCCGCUCUCCUUCGAGAGCAAGUUCAACAUUCGCGGCGAACAGUAGCAUUGGAAAUCGAUACUCCAGCAUUUCCUCUGUGUCCACGACUGGCCUUGGUUCGCCCAUUCCCUUAUCUACUCCACGGCUUGAUGCUCGUAAAUCAGAGUCUCAACCACUUACCGAAGACCGUAACCCUCUAUCUCCAGGUCGUGCAUCUCCAGAACGUUCCAGUUCUCCCACAAAGGGCUUAGGAGGCUUCGUGCAAAGUGCCAUGUUGAAACGCAGUGAUAGUAUUUCGAAGCGAUGGACCGUGCAAUCCCCCGCCAACCUUACCCGAAGCAAUUCGAUCAUCAGCAACCGCAGCGGUGUUGGUCGUUCUGCAUUUGGUGGCGAUCUGCUUGCAGGUCCUCCUGAGCCUAGACCGAUCCGUGAAAGCUCGCCUUUGUCCCUCUCUAGACCCGGCUCGAGCCAUAGUGAAGCAACUAUCGUCCACUCGAGAAACCAGGAAGACAAUGAUUCCAUCCAGGAAAAGCCUCAGCUGGACACAGGCUUCGUGAGACCCUCGUUGCCUGUUCACGCUCGCUCUAGUUUCUCAAGCGCAACUGGUACUGAGGAACCAAAAAUUGGCGAUGAGCCUCAAACACCAAGAAGCCCCUCGAAGACUUUCGAUCAGAAGCGAUGGAGUCCUACUAAAUCGAGCUGGCUUGAAAGUGCGUUAAAUCGCCCCGAAUCACCUAGAACGAAAACAACGCCUGCUGCACAACAACCUGCAUGGAUGAGAGAUCUAUCCAAAGCGCGACAAGCUAGAGCCAGUGUUGAUCUUGGACGACCAGCUUCCAGUCAGGGAACGACUCCUGCUGGCUUGAUGAGCUCACCGGCAUUCGGUGGACAUUCCAAAAGUCCCAGUGUUUCUGGUAUCAGCACACCAAUUCUCGAUGAUACUUUAAGCCUUUCGCCAGAAAAGCCACUGUCUCCUACGAAAGAUGAGAGCACUCGGCCAACUCUGGCAGAUACUAAGGACAGUGUUGAGCCACCACCAAAGGAGCCAGACGCAUCCUCACCUGAUGUUGAAGAUAAACCUAGCCCUUCUCUGUCAAAGGCCUCCCCUCCGGUGCCCAGCAAACCCAAGACAGUAUCUACCAUCGACAUUGGUUCAGCAACUCCCAAGCCACAGCCGGCCAAUACAGAUUUCAGGGCAAACCUACGACGACGUGAGACUGCUGACGACAAGUCAACACAAGACGAACCGGAGUUCAAGAAUGUCUUUGGGAAACUCAGAAAGACUGAAAAGUCUACGUACAAAGCGCCUGACGUAUUGAAGGACAACAUCACAAAGGGGAAAGCAGCACUGAAUAUUACUGGCGGUCCGAAGAAAACCGAGCGAGUUGAUGAGUUCAAAGAGAGCAUCUUGAAGCGAAAAGAUGAAAUGAAGGCAGGCGGAGGCUCGAUUCGGCGGGCAGGUGAAGAAGAUCGAAGCAUACCAAAGCCACGAGCACCGGUACCCGAAGCGCUCGCCAAGCGCAAUAAUCUCGUUCGGACGGACAGUACAAAAAGCAACCUCUCAGGCUUUUCUUCGCCAUCUCCAACCAAGUCUGUUAAAAUGGAAAGUCCACAGCGACUUCGUAGUGGAUCGAACAGCAAACCCGAACUGAUAUCUUCUCCCGUCGAGCGAACACCACAGCUGCAAUCAACAAACCCUGCUUCUAAGCCCAGCGGAAGCCCGACGCAAGAUGCAAAAAUAAACGUGGAAAAGGAGGAGCAGUUGCCUAAGAACACCUUCCUCCCGGCCAGAUCAAUUCAGGAGGAAAAGCCCAGCGAAAAUGUUUCGUCGGUUCGUCCCUUGUCGUCAAGAGUCGCUUUAGAUACUCCUACGAAAGUGAGCACUGAGCCUAAGGGACUAGCCGCUAAGGGAAUAGCAGGCCGACUAAACCCUGCUUUAGUAGGCAUGUUGGCUCGUGGCCCGCUGCGCGCUGGGGGUGAAUCUGAAAAGUCUAACACUACCCCCUCGACCUCAUUACCAGCGCAAGAAUCUCAGCCAGUCUCGACAGCCCCACUGACUCAUAUGACCAAAGCCCGAGCAAGAGGUCCCAAGAGGAGACUUCCCGCUUCCACGAAAACCGAAGCGAAAGCGUCUGUGAAGGAGGAGAAUCAUUCAACUGAACAGGCUACAUCUGAGAAGGUGACUGAGCGGAAGGCUUCAAUUGAAAAUGUACGUUCGCCGCCCGUGUCUGCAAAGAAAAUAGACAUUCGUUCUGAACCAGUCAUUGAACGCCAAAAACCGCUGAUACAUUCAAAAUCGCCAGAUGUACCAAGAUCGUCUCUGAUCUCUAUUUCCAAAGCGAGCGCCGUUGUCGAAGAAUUGAGUGCGGACAAGGAGGACCCAAAAUUGAACCUGAAGGGUGCGAAAUCGCCAAAGCCCAUUAACGUCUCGAAACCGGUGAUACCUGCGAAAUCGUCGGACGUGCCAAGGUCGUCUCCUAUUCCUGCUCGUAAGAUGAGUGCUGUUGCGGAAGAGCAGAUCACAGACAAAAAGGAAGUAAAAGUCAACCUCAAGAAUGCUACGUCACCUGAAAAGCCAACCGAAGAGGCCUCAAAACCGCCAGUCCCCUCCAAAUCGGCCGAUGUACGAAGGACAUCCAUGACUUCUCCGCUUCUCAGAAAGACCUCUUCAAGUCUCAGUAGAGAACAGUCGGACAGAACACCCUCUAAAAGCGCUACAUCUCCUGCGGUUCCACCCAAGACAGGCCUGAGUCGUGAAAGCUCCACACCCAGUGGCAGGAAACCAUCACUCGAGCGACCCACACCACCUCCGAAGCCAUUAACUCCCUCUCAAGGAAAUGCAUCACCGUCACCCUCAUUCGCUUCCAGGUUGAAGGAAACCUUCGCCAACUCGACCAAUGUAUCACCAAUCCAUGCCAAGUUUGGCUUGGGCUUGGGAGGCUCAUUCUUCCAAUCUCGGCCAGGAUCACCACUUGAAGCCAACAGGAGGCCUUCACAACCUACUAGACCAGCUUCAACCCCGCCCGUCCCUCCGAAAAAGAACUUGAGCAUUUCUGCUGAGAUCCCAAUAGAAGCGCGAAGGCCGUCCCUCACGUCACCUAUUCCUAGAACAACUGAGUCCGUUGGAGUAAUCAAUGAAUUUUUCGACACUCCUCCCAAAUCUAGCGACAGAGUAGAUAUCGAUCCGCAGCUGAUCCUCACCACGGAAACAGACGAAUUCAAGACAAGGACCCUUCGAAAACAGAUUUGGGAGAUUACGGGAGAUGGCAAAAAGCAAGAUCUUCCUAAGAAUCAAGAUUACAUUCUCUUUGAGGGCAGCAUGUAUGUCUGUGUGCACACUUUUGAAGGCGAUACGGGUAAUGAGACCGAAUGUUACUUGUGGUUGGGUGAUGAGGUGUCCGAAGCGUCCAUGCAAGAUGCUCAAAUAUUUGCGCGGAGAGUUGCAAGGGAGAAUGGAGCCAAACUUGAAAUAGUGAGGCAGGGUAAGGAGCCCGCAAAGUUUGUCGAGGCUCUUGGGGGUAUCAUCAUUACUCGACGUGGCUCUAGUUCCCGACAUAGCUCAUCGGCGCUCUACAUGCUCUGUGGUAGACGACACUUAGGACAGAUUGCUUUCGAUGAAGUCGACUUUGCCCGUCAGAAUCUUUGCUCUGGUUUCACGUUCGUUAUCUCGGCGAGAUUUGGCAAAUUAUAUUUAUGGAAAGGCAGAGGAAGUGGGGCAGAUGAACUAGGUAGUGCGCGACUGGUUGGCAUGGAUCUUGGAUUAACGGGUGAAAUGGAGGAAAUAUCCGAAGGUGAAGAGCCAGAAAGCUUUUUCGACGUGUUUCCUAAACAUGGGACGGUGAAGCCCUCCUCAACAUCGGAUUAUUGGCACCUAAAACCCAAACAUGAAAAGCACCGCUGUCGACUGCUUCGGAUCGAUCAUGUCCUAGGACAGAAAGGAGGAUUCUGGAAUCGACGCGGGUCUUCUUCGCCUGUCACCCGGCCCAAUGAUACCAUACGGGAGAUUGAACCCUUUGCCCAGAAGGACUUGCUUCCUCAAGGAAUCUAUAUUCUUGAUGCCUUCUUCGAGAUUUAUGUUAUCGUGGGAAGUGAGGCUAAAGCUCGAGCUGCCGAAUUCGCGUCCGCUCUGGUCUUUGCGCAUGAAUAUGGAAUCCUGGCGGCUUCUCUCCAAGACCGACCUUUCAUCCCAGUUGGCUAUGUUUCAAUCGGCGGUGUUCCCGACUCUUGCACAGUGGCUUUUCGAAAGUGGGAUCCCAAACUAUGGCCCACAACCUCUUACGUCUUGCCACUGAAUGCCGCCAUCGAAGCCAUCCGUUCCUGA